AUGGAGACCGACAUUCCCAACCGCGUCGUCGACAUAUCGCCUGACGGAGACAGACUAAUUAAAGUCAACGAAUACGAGGACAGUGACAAUGUCAAUUCUGACAACGAACCCGUGCUAAAGCGAACCGGCACCUUCAAAGUCACCUCAAAGAUCCUAGUCGAGGAAAGCACCUACUUUUCCGGAAUGUUUCGCACAGAGUGGCGCGAGUCUUCCACCGAAAUCGUCCUCAAGCAUGACAAAGCCAAGGCAAUGGAAGCAUUGCUGCAAUUCAUGCACGGCGUGACAGUCGCCGUCGACUCCCUCUCAAUCCCUGACGUCUGGCACCUGAUCAAGGCCGCCGACAAAUACCUCUUCCCGCUGGAGAAGAUGGCCGUCUGGUUUAUGAAGUGGUUCGGGCACCAGCUGGAGAAGAAGAGCGCUGGCGACUACCAGACUCUUGAAGAAUGCGAGUUCGAGCGCCAGCUCCUCUUCCCUUGCUGGGCUUUCGACUACGCCACCGGUUUCCAGUAUCUCACCCGUCACCUCGCAUACAACAUGGGAGGCCAUAUCACCGAAAGCAACCCAACCCGUCUCCGCGAAACACACCUGCCGCCGCGUGUGAUCCAGCAGUUGAAUGCUGCCCGUGGACGGCUGAGGAACAUCCUUCACCGGGACCUGUUCGACGCGACGAAGAAUAUCAUGGACUCUAGCUCUUGCAAAUGCAAGGAGUACACCGUUUUCUACUACCUAUGCGAGCUUCGCCGAGUGGAUAUCUGGCCCAUGGAAGAGAUCUCGACCAGGGAGAGCAUCAACACAAUGCUCGAAUGGCUCAAUGACUUCGACGAAGAGAAAAUGCGCAGCAAGAUUUCUUCCUCUGCUUUCGGAUCCAAAGCCCUGUGCUACCGUUGCAACAGGUCUUGGAAGCAAAUCGUGGAUGCCGCAAUCAAGAAGGUCAAGAAGUACUUUGACGGCUUGUGUUUGGAUUGUAUGGGGAAGAGCAAGCGUUUCCGGUUGGAUAUUGACGGACAUUACUGGAGACACGACGAGAGCCGCGAACGUUACGACGAGGGUUGUCGGGUUAGGCAUGGAGAGCCCACCCACUACUUCAGUUUUAUGGGAAGACGGGAGAAGAGGGGCCUGAUUGCCGACUAG